GUUUCUCUGCCCCAUCUAAGUACAAUAUUUUGGAGCAUCCUGCAGCGCGGCGAAGAGAGUAGAUAUUAAUAUUCCCUAGCCUUUUCCCCAGACUCUGCGGAGCAAGACAUACUUUACUGAUCGUUGUUGGGGUUCGUCAACCAGCAUACUGGCAUAUCAUUUAUCUAGAGGCGUUCGUUUGAGUGCCACCGGCAGCUCCCUUUCCCGCAUCCACAGCGAGAUCCUCGGCACAUCGCCGUACGCCGGCAACGGGCGCCGGACCCUGGUGCCAGUCCUAAACCUCGCUAUCGUAAAUGAACGACUCCUAAACAAACCCCUAAAGCCAGUCUUCAAGGUCUUUGGGGAUCUGUCAAGAUUGCAAUAAUCCGCUUUCUACCCCUACCAAGCAGAGCUGGCCAUCAUGUCUUCCGGUCCUUUUCGUAUCGUCGAGCAUGUGGUUCCCUGCCAAUACAUCAGAGAGUAUCCGCAGGCCACGUCUAAUGAACAGGAAGAUGUGCUGCACCUAGCCGUGAAGCAGUACAUUCCCCUCGAUAACCCGAAUCCUCAGCGCGGAGAUGUAACUAUUAUCGCUGCUCAUGCAAACGGUUUCCCCAAGGAACUGUACGAACCACUAUGGGAAGAGCUGCAUGCGCGUUCCAAAUCUCAUGGCUUCCGAAUCCGAAGUAUCUGGAUGGCAGAUGUUGCCCAUCAAGGAGAGAGCUCGGUGAUCAACGAAGAUCUCCUGGGAAAUGACCCUAGCUGGUUCGAUCACUCCCGGGACCUUCUCCAUUUGAUCAACGUCAAACGCCAUGAGAUGCCUCGUCCACUCGUGGGAGUGGGGCAUAGUAUGGGCGGUGCUCAUAUUGCUAAACUUUCACUGCUACAUCCUCGUCUAUUGCAUUCUGUGAUCUUGCUCGAUCCUGUGAUCUACCGACAAUCCACCUAUGACGGGACACGCAGCUUUCACAAGGCGGGCAAGAAUGUCCCCAUCACGACGAAGCUGUCAACAUAUAGACGCGACAUAUGGCCUUCUCGAGAAGCUGCAGCAGAAAGCUUCAAGAAGAGUCCAUUCUACAAAGCCUGGGACCCUCGUGUUCUAGAACGCUGGAUCAAAUACGGUCUUCGUGAGCUUCCCACAGCUAUCCAUCCAUUAGAUGAGACCGCCAAAAGCAAAGGCGAAAAACCAGUGACUCUCACAACAACUCUGCAUCAGGAGGUCUUCACCUUCUCUCGACCAAACUAUGACUUCAGCCCUUCCCAAAACACACCUAUUAACAAGUUCACUCAUCCCGAUUUCGACCCGUCGUUGGACUCUUAUCCCUUCUACCGGCCCGAGGGUCCACUCAUCUUCUCACAGAUCCAGCACCUUCGACCUAGCGUGCUUUACAUAUCUGCCGGGAAAUCAGAUCUAUCCACACCUGACCUGCGCGCUGACAAGUUAGCCGUGACCGGCACAGGCGUCGGAGGAAGCGGCGGCGCCCCCGCAGGCCGUGUCCAAGAAUUAUUCCUAGAGGAUCGUGGACAUCUUUUAGCCCAGGAAGUACCUAAUGAAUGCGCAGAUGCAGCCGCGAGCUGGUUUGGCAAGGAGCUCCAACGGUUCAGGGAAGAGGAAGAAGCGUUCCGGGCACAGUGGAGUCGGAAAUCCAAGGUGGAAAAGAUGACAAUCGACGAGGAGUGGAAGAAGCAUAUUGGUCCACCUCUGCGGAGAGAAAAUGGGAAUGGGAAGAAGGGUGAGAAAUCGAAGCUCUAGAUUCACUCUGUUUGUCUUGUAUGUUUUCUUCCCUUUCCCCCCAUUUUUACGUCAGAGAUGACUUACUCAACAAAUGCAGCUUUGGCAUUGUAUCUUCUUUUGUCUUAUAGAAUGGGCCAUUC